CCACCGCGGCCUGCUUGCUGUCUGUGCGCGCUCCCGAAAGUCCAAAGUAUAAAGAAGCGCGCGCGCUGAAUCGGGGGAAUAAAGAAAACAUAGAGUCGGAGUCACAGCGCGGAACCAGCCACGGUACCUGAGCAGUAGAACCUAUGUUUGCAGGGAAGAGUGACCUGUUUCCGACCUAAGGAGGAACGGCCGAACAUGGACUGGGAGUUAUGGGAGCUCUGGAUUUAAAACGUAGAGGACUGGGAAUGGGUGGUCUGCUGGCGGAGCUGCUGCUGCUGUGGACUGGUCUCCUAGGAGCGGCCGGUGCCUCACCCCUCCUUCUUUUUGCCAACCGACGUGACGUACGAUUAGCAGAUGCAGGUGGUGUGCGUGGUGAGUCAGCCAUUGUCGUUGGUGAUCUAGAAGACGCAGCAGCAGUGGACUUCCUGUACGCAGAGGGCCUGAUAUUUUGGACUGAUGUCAGCGAGGAGGCUAUCAAACAAACACGCUGGAAUCAUUCAUCCAACUCCCUUAAAGAGGCUCUGGGAACCGGCCAGACUGUGGUAGUGUCGGGCCUGAAUAGUCCUGAUGGGCUAGCCUGUGACUGGUUGGGUAAAAAGCUCUACUGGACAGACUCUGACACUAAUCGAAUCGAAGUGGCUAACCUCGAUGGGACCUUCAGAAAGGUCCUGUUUUGGAUGGACUUGGACCAACCCAGGGCUAUUGCUCUUAACCCUGGCCAACGAUACUUAUACUGGACUGACUGGGGAGAGGAGCCCAGGAUAGAGCGUGCUGGCAUGGAUGGCAGUAGCAGGAAGGUGAUAGUGAAUAAGGACAUACACUGGCCUAACGGACUCACCAUAGACCUAGUGGAACAGAAGUUGUACUGGGCUGAUGCCAAACUCAGCUUCAUUCACAGAGCCAACCUGGAUGGAUCGGCACGAGAAGCGGUGGUGGAGGGCACCCUGACUCAUCCCUUUGCGCUAACGCUGUCUGAGGAGACGUUGUACUGGACCGACUGGCAGACCCGCUCCAUCCAUGCCUGUAACAAACACAGCGGAGACAAAAGCAGAGAGAUUCUCGGUGGGAUUUACUCUCCCAUGGACAUCCAGGUUCUGGAGCUCUACCGACAGCCUUACAUCCAGACGCCCUGCAGUGAAAAUAACGGAGGCUGCAGUCACCUGUGUCUCCUCUCACCUGUUCAGCCCUUCUACAGCUGUGCCUGUCCCACAGGAGUCCAACUCAAAGCAGACAGAAAGACCUGCAAACCAGGGGCAGAGGAGGUUUUGUUGCUGGCUCGCCGGACAGACCUGAGGAGAAUCUCACUUGAUUUGCCAGAUUUCACUGACAUACUAUUGGAGGUUAAUGACAUCCGCCAUGCCAUUGCAAUUGACUACGACCCAGUUGAAGGUCUUGUGUACUGGACAGAUGAUGAAGUUCAGGCUAUCCGGCGUUCCCACAUUGAUGGAAGGAAUGCCGUGGUGCUGGUCUCCACAGAACUCAAACACCCAGAUGGGAUUGCUGUUGACUGGGUGGCCAGAAACCUGUACUGGACAGACACUGGCACUGAUCGGAUUGAGGUCACCAGGCUAAAUGGAACGUCUCGUAAGAUUCUGAUUUCUGAGAACCUGGAUGAGCCCAGAGCUAUAGUGCUGGAUCCUGUGAAUGGUUACAUGUACUGGACCGACUGGGGUGAGCAUCCCAAGAUCGAGCGUGCAAACCUGGAUGGAACCGACAGGGUGGUCCUUCUCAACACCUCACUGGGCUGGCCCAAUGGGCUAGCUCUGGACAACGCUGCAGGGAAACUUUACUGGGGUGACGCUAAAACCGACAAGAUAGAGGUGAUCAGUGUCAACGGCAGCAACAGACAGACUCUGCUUGAAGACAAGCUGCAUCAUAUCUUUGGCUUUACUCUGCUGGGUGAUUAUAUCUAUUGGACCGACUGGCAGAGACGCAGCAUUGAGCGAGUCCACAAAACCACUGCUGUACGAGAAAUCAUCAUCGAUCAGCUGCCAGAUUUAAUGGGGUUAAAGGCCACUAAAGUGGCGGUGACUCACGGUACCAACGGGUGUGCAGUGGAUAAUGGAGGGUGCAGCCACCUGUGUUUCUGGUGUCAGCGGGCCGUCCGCUGUGCCUGCCCCAUGGGUCUGGAGCUCCUCUCGGACCUCCACACCUGUGUGGUUCCUGAGGCCUUCCUGCUCUUCACCAACAGGGACAGCAUCCGCAGCAUCUCUUUGGGCACAAACAGCAAUGAUGUGGCCAUUCCUCUGACAGGAGUUAAAGAGGCGUCGGUCCUUGGGUUUGAUGUUUCUGAAAAGAGGAUUUACUGGACAGAUAUCCAGGCCAAGAAAAUUAGCCGAGCUUUUAUGAACGGCAGCUCUGUGGAACAUGUCGUAGAGUUUGGACUGGAUUACCCAGAAGGCAUGGCGGUUGACUGGAUGGGUCGUAACAUCUAUUGGGCAGACACAGGGACGAACCGCAUUGAGGUGGCCCAGUUGGAUGGCCAGUACCGACAAGUUCUAGUCUAUAAGGACCUCGACAACCCGCGCUCACUGGACAACCCACGAUCCCUAGCACUGGACCCAGCUAACGGUUAUAUGUACUGGACAGAAUGGGGGGGUCGUCCACGUAUAGCCAGAGCUUACAUGGAUGGUAACACCAUCAUUACCCUGGUGGAUAAAGUGGGCCGUGCCAACGGACUGACCAUUGACUACGUAGAACAUCGACUCUACUGGACGGAUCUGGAUACGUGUAUGAUUGAAAGCUCCAACAUGCAGGGUCUGCAGAGGGAGAUCAUAGUGGAUGACCUCCCUCAUCCCUUCGGCCUGACUCAGUACAGGGAUUUCAUCUACUGGACAGAUUUUAACCUGCGCAGCAUCGAGCGGGCCGACAAGCGCGGUGGCUUCAACCGCACUGUGGUACUUCAGGGCCAGCUGGAGCUGAUGCUGGACAUCCUGGUGUUCCACUCUUCCCGUCAGGAUGGCACCAACGAAUGCUCACAUAAUAACGGCAACUGUGCCCACCUCUGCCUGGCCACUCCUGCCGGUCCCAAGUGCCACUGUGCCUCCCACUACAACCUGAGCCCUGAUGGGACAAACUGUAGCUCUCCGUCUAGUUUCCUGCUCUUCAGCCAGAAGGCCAGCAUCAGCAGGACGGUUUUAGGGGAGCAGAGUCCUGACAUUGUUCUACCAAUUCACAUCACAAGAAACGUCCGGACGAUAAAAUACGAUCCCCUGGACCACCUUGUCUACUGGCUAGACGGACGACAGAACAUAAGGAGGGCCAGAGACGAUGGGACCAUGGCUUCAACUGUAGUAAGCAGCACGGCUCAGCAAGUGGACAACCAGAUCCAUGACCUCAGCCUGGACCCUUACAGUCGCCAUAUCUACUGGACCUGUGAGACGACCAACGCCAUCAACGUUCAGAGGAUGGACGGCCACAUUGUAGGAGUGGUAGUGAAAGAUGACACGGAUAAGCCCAGGGCCAUCGUGGUCAACGCUGAGAAAGGGUACAUGUACUUCACCACCACGCAAGAGCGCUCAGCUAAAAUCGAAAGAGCGAGUCUGGAUGGAACUGAGAGGGAGUCUUUAUUCACCACGGGGCUGAUCAGACCAGUCGCGCUGGCCCUGGACAACACGUUAGGAAAGCUGUUCUGGGUCGAUGCCGACCUGAAACGCAUCGAGAGCAGCGACCUGACAGGGGCCAAUCGCAUCGUCCUGCAGGAUUCCAACAUUCUUCAGCCAAUAGGAAUCACAGUUCUGGGAGAUCACCUGUACUGGAUUGACCGGCAGCAGCAGAUGAUUGAAAGAGUCAAUAAAGUGACUGGAGACGGACGCACACGCAUCCAGGGACGGAUACUAUAUCUGACAGCGAUCCAUGCUGUGGAGGAAAUGGACCCCCAGGAGUUUGCAUCCCACCCUUGUUCCCGUGACAACGGAGGCUGUUCUCACAUCUGCAUUGCAAAGGGUGAUGGAACACCUAGCUGUUCUUGUCCCAUGCACCUGGUGCUGCUGCAGGAUCUACUGCACUGUGGAGAGCCUCCUACCUGCUCCACGGAGCAAUUCACGUGCUCCACAGGAGAAAUUGACUGCAUACCCAUGGCUUGGCGCUGCGACGGUCUCGCCGAAUGCGAGGACAGCAGCGAUGAAGAAAACUGCCCCAUCUGUUCUGCCUUUCAUUUCCAGUGUGACGGAGGAAGCUGCAUCGAUGCUCAGAGACGCUGUGAUGGGGAACCCGACUGUGCUGACAAGUCUGAUGAGCAGGACUGUGAAACGAUCUGCCCUCCCACCCAGUUCCGCUGUGGGGACAACCAGUGCAUCACUAGGAAACAACAGUGUGAUAAUUACUCAGACUGCCUUGAUGGAUCAGAUGAGCUUGCUUGUGACUAUACUUCUACUUCCUCCAGCAUCGUCCCUAGUUACGAACCCACCAAUCCCAUUGGUGCGGUCAUCGCUAUCAUCCUGCUGGUGUUUGUGAUGGGUGGAGCCUGUUUUGCCUGCCAGCGUGUGGUGUGUCGACGUUACAAAGGCCCUAAUGGGACUUUCCCUCAUGAGUACAUCAGUGGAACGCCCCAUGUUCCUCUCAACUUCAUCACCCCUAGCAGCUCUCAGCAUGGCACCUACCAAGGUAUCUCUUGUGGGAAGUCCAUCAUGAGCUCGGUUAGCUUGAUGGGCAGCAGCAGCAGCAGAGCUCCUCUUUACGACAGGAACCACGUGACUGGAGCUUCGUCCAGCAGCUCCUCAUCUACCAAAGGAGUCUUUUACCCUCAGAUCCUGAACCCUCCUCCUUCUCCUGCCACUGAUCGCUCUUUCUACAACACGGAGAUCUUCUACUCAUCCAACAGUCCGUCCACCAUCAGAUCCUACAGGCCCUACCACCUGAUCCGGGGUGCUGCCCCACCAACCACCCCCUGCAGCACCGACGUCUGUGACAGCGACUACACCCCCCAUCACCCCCCAACAGCGCUGCCAUCUUCAGCGGGGUGCUGGAAGGCCUCAGGCCACGGAAAACCCAACAAGUACUACAUGGACCUCAACUCGGACUCCGACCCAUACCCUCCACCUCCGACCCCCCGCUCCCAAUACCUGUCGGCUGAAGAAAGCUGCCCCCCGUCACCUUCCACUGAACGCUCCUACUUCCACCUGUGCCCCCCUCCUCCCUCUCCCUGCACCGACUCAUCAUGACCUCACAAAAACCUGGUGGCCCAGUAAGGAACAAAGGAUGAAGGGGACUUGCCUGCUUGCUUUGGCCCGAUUCACCAGGAGAAACGUCUACGUGCCAACUCACCGUGUUGGCUGCCUCAUGUGCAACCUUAGCAAGGCACUUGGUCCAUCUAGCUCAUGUGAAGGUCGUCCAUCCUAAAUACGUUCUUUCGUCAUUCCAGUCAUUCCUAAGCUCUCAUAAGACGCGCCUGCUGGAACACCCUGAGACUUACGGAGGCGUUCCAGGACCUGUCUGCUUUGCGUCAAGGUUCAGACAGGAUUUACGUUCAACCAGCAGCUUAUUGCAUCACGCUCAUUCCAUCCGAUGAGGAAAAGCUCUUUUACUUUCUCAACACAACAGGAUUCUGAAUUCUCACCGUGCUUGCUUCACGCAGCCGGAGGUGUGGCAGCAGCAGGAGCCUUUAGUUCAUUCCAGCCCACAUGAAUCAGUGUGGUGGUGUGAUUCUGUAACCGUCCGUUAGCUAACAAACGUGUGUGUGUGUGUGUGUGUGUGUGUGUGUGUGUGUGUGUGUGUGUGUGUGUGUGUGUGUGUGCGUGUGUGUGCGUGUGAAAAAUGAACGAAUGGACAGAAGUAAAUGGCCUGUAUUUGAUAUAGCUUCUCCUAGAGUCCCCCUAGGUGCUUUAUAACACAACCGGUGUUACCCACACACAUUCACACCCUGGUGGUGAUGAGCUACAAUGUAGCCACAGCUGCCCACAGGUAGCACCGGUCUUUCCGACCACCACCAGCAAGUACCGUAAGGACAAAGCAUCAAACUGAGCGGGGAUCAAACCUGCAACCAUCCGAUAACGGGGGGAACAGUCCUCUGCCACCGUUGCCAAGGACAACAGUGCAGCUUGUCUCCACAGCUGAUCCAAAACCAACACCCAGUAGGUCCAUCCCAUAAUCCUCUCCUGAAACCAGCUGAUAUAUGUUCUGUUGUACGUUAGUGAAGUCUGACUGGAGGGUGGGAAGUGAACCUCUUCCAUCACGUCUGACUCGUGUCAUGUUUGCUGCUAUCAAGUAAAUGAUGAGUCAGGUUUAGACCGCGGCCCAAAUCAUCAUGCUGACAGCAUGUCAGGAAGCUAUUCUACUCUUAGUAACACAUGCCUUCUAUAGCUACGUGUUUAUUAGUAUUAUCCUCGUCGUUUAAUGGUGUUGUGUUUAAAGUGUGAGGCCACAUGUGGCUUGAAGGAGUCAUCUGCCGAAUCGUUGGUUUCAGAAUCAAGUGAAGGUCCCAGUAUCCAUCUUCAUCCUCCAAUCCACUGUCUCUCAGGUUUUUGCAUUUUGGACACAAAAAUGUCGCCGACCAUCGUUGAGUGGAUAAGCUAAGGAGGUGUUAGUAGUGCACCUGCAGCAGGUGAGACGUCUGCUGUGGAGGAAACUCUCAGACACACAAACCCAGAAGCAUUUUAACCAUUCAGUUCUUACGACGACAGGUAGGAGGCGCUCAAUCAUUGGCGUUGGCAGCCAUCUUUGCUGGUUACUUCCCGUACUCCUUUUUUUAAUUAGGAAUAUGCUAAAUCAACACAAGCAUCUCGUAGAGGUACACAAAUGUGCAGCAAAGAAACGGCACAAAAAAGGGACAUCCAGCUGAACACACACACAGGAAGGCUACCUAAAAAAGAGAAGGGGAGCAUUAACUCAAUAUACAGGAGAUAUAUUUUCAUCACGCUCUGAUUUAAGGUCUCAAGGAGGAGUGAUAAAGUCUAAAUUCACUCAAAAAAUGAUGACCUCCUGUACUCCUGAGUGGUGACUUUAUCCUGGUUAGCUGCAGCAGUCUGCAUGGACACUGGGCAGUAAACCUGCUCUCAUUACAGCCGUGGAAAUGACACUCAUCACUUUUUAUAUCAAAACAUUUUAUAUAAUAAAGCUUUUAUUUUAAGAAA